GAGGGUGUAAAAUACACUGUUCGUUUGAAGAACCACGGCAGUAUGCGGACCCUGAAUGGUGAUGGAGGGGUCACAAAGGUCAGAUGUCCAGAUGGGACAAACUUCACAUUCCAGGCCUGCUCCCUCAGUUCUAAUGGAACCAAUCACAUGAGAGGCCAGAUACCUCAGAUUCUGUACUACAGUGCCCCACAAGAAGGAGAGAAUUACCAGAGCAAUAAAUCCCUGGCUGAGCUUCAGGCUCGUAAGAAUGCUAUUGACAUAGUGAGUGCCAUUUGUAGAGUGGCUACAGAUGUCCUCAGGAGGGCCCAGUUUGCUGCUGAGGGUUAUGCAGUAGAAGUGUUAGGGGUAGCAGACAUCUUUUGUUCCCUGCUGCCAUUGAUUCUGGCAUACAUUGGACCAGUAGCUUCUCAGGAUCCUAGGGGAGCUGUACAAAUCCUGGGCAUAAUUCAGGAGAUUCUUCCAGAGGUGGCUCAACUAAACACCCAGUCCCCAGCACCACUCCCUGCCCCAGAAACCUCAGAGAAUGGCACCACCUCCCAGCACUAUGCUGUCGUAGAAAGUGACCACCCCUACAAACCAGCUUCUGUCUCAAACUAUAAAGUGAUAUUCCCCGAGUCUGUUAAGUGGAUGGUGUUGGAGUUUGACCCCCAGUGUGGUACAGCUCAGGCUGAGGACACCCUCCAGCUGUAUAUUCCCGCUGGUGGGGGAUCCGACUUCAUCCCCACUGACUCCUCCUCAGAAGAGGGCCUCAACACACAGAACUACUGGCCAAUGUGGAAAAAGGUCCAUGGUUCCAGUAACUGGCCCAAAACAGCCAUAGUGUUACCAGGUCAUGAAGUAGUCUUUUCCUUGGAAACAGCAUCAGAUUAUGUUAAGGAUGACAAGUCCUGUUUCUUUGGAUUUAAGUGUGUAGUUGUUGGAUAUGAAUGGAAUUUUACACCAGAUGAGAGUGUAACUCAACUGGAAAGAGAGUUGUCUUACCUUGGAGGGAUGUGUGCAGCUUCCUUAAUCAAGAAAGAUGUUGCUCUGCCUCCAGUAACUGUAGAAGAAUUAGAGGAAGACAUGGAAUAUAUCGAGGAAGGUUCCCAACUGGUAUUCAGUGCCCAUUCAGAACUGCUGGGUAAAGGCUUUGCUCUGUCCCACCCUCCCACUAUCAUGCAGGCCCUGGAGGGGAACCUGCCCUUCUGUUGGCAGUCCAAUGAGAGGUCGUUCCUGAAGGACUUUGUGGCCUGUAAUCCAGGCACUAGUGGAGGCCGGUUAGCUAGAUGGCUACAGCCCGAUUCAUACCUGGAUCCCAGUCAGUGUGAGCUGAUGUACAGUAAGGAAGAUCUCCGCUGUGGCUGGCCGGCUCUCAUCACUGUGUUAACCAAGGAUCAGUACGGACAGCUGGUCCAUGUACCUAAUCUCAAGGUUAAUGUAAAGGCCGUCCCCAUUGACCAGGGUAUCUCUGGUGAUGAGCGGAGGCUCAGAAGACUUAGUAGACCAGACGAAGGAGACAAGAUAUUUGGGGGACACCCUCCCCCUCCCCAGGACAUUCCAUACGAGGCAACAGUCAGAGAGAGGAAGGACAUCUUCCAUGCCAUCAGCAUGAUGAAGGCGUAUGAGAACUACUCGUUUGAGGAGCUGAGAUAUGCGGCCCCUGCCGUGCCUCGACCGAGUGAGAACAUGCUGGUCAGAUGUAACAGUGAUGGCACAUAUGUUGCCAACUGGACACCUAGCAACAUAGGCCUCUACAAAAUCCUUGUCACCAUUGAUGACUUUGAUACUGGUGAAAUUUACAAGUUGGAAGUAAAAGAUCCACCCCAAGGAGUUACUCCACCCACCCAAACAGAGAAAAAACCACAUCAACCAAAUAAGAUGAGAAAGUUUGUUGCUAAGUUCAGUGCUGGACUAAGAAUCCGAGUAAACCCUUCUCUACAGAGCGAGUACAUAGGAGUCAUACAGCCCGAAGGAAUCAUUUCAUUUGUGGAUGAGAUUCACAAUGAUGAUGGGGUUUGGCUGAGACUGAGCCAGGCAUCCAUUAACGAGUGGUGUAAGGAAGGGCAUGUUGAAGGGUGGGCACUACAGUACAACCAACACCUGGGGAAAACCCUGCUGGUACCGGUGGAGGAACCAAAACCACUAAUGGAGGAGAUCAUCAAAGAAACCAUCAGGAAAAAUCUCCAUGAUGUUGUCAAACCAGAAGUCACACCAAAGAGAGGACCAGGAGAAUACCAGGUUGUAAAAUGUGGACCCUCAGGGCACAAUAUCAGAUGUCGGCCACACCUCAAGGCAACGCCCAUAGGGAUGCUCAUCCAUGGGGAAAAGAUUACAGUUGUUGAAGAUGUGACGAAUGAGGAUGGUCGGUGGGUGAGACUGGACCCUGAGAGUGUAGAGCAGUAUUGUCAGAACAAACAGAGUGAGGCCUGGGUCCUGGUCUCAGGGCGAGACGGAACCGUGUACCUCAAACAUGAGUCAGACCUAGGGGGCCUGGCCACAGGGAAACAGAACGACCCCUUCGCUUUCAACUCCCUCCCUCCGUCAUUCAAUAAGGGAUUUGAUUUUUCAUCACAGAUGCCAUUUGUGUUUAAUAGCCCUCCUUCAGGGCCAUUUGGCAGAAGUGCUAGUCUACCUUCAAAUGUCUUAAAUCCAGGGUUUUCAGGACCAGUCAUUCCUACCUUUGGAAACCCCAGCAGUCUACAGUUUGGAGGAUUUGGGUCAAGUUUUGAGAGCAGCCCCAUGCAAAGAGAUAUGACAAAAGUGAACACCCUGCCAGGGAGCCUCUCUGCCUCCCCGGGAUUCCUUUCCCCCUCCAGAAUGGACAUUUCUGCCCAGACUGCAUCCCCUGUGUCCACAACCAGAUCUCCAGCAUCAGGGUCCCCCAAGUCAUCCAGGAGAGAAAUCAGCCACCCCCUCCCUGUGGAAUUACAGGGAGUAUCAGUGAAGGAGCUUGUGAAGGCUUUAGGUGAGAGUCGAGCCAAUGGAAAUGGACCAACCCCUGUACCCUCCCCACCAGGCACGCCCAAGAAAUCAGGAUCCCGGAGCUCUAGUCCCCAUCUUACCAUAACAGAAAAACAAGGUUCCCCUAGAACAGGAUCUCCUGUAGGAAGAUUGAGUCCUCGACAAACGAGAGCAUCUAGUCUCACCGAUUCUCCCUCCCACAACUCAAUCAAGGAGGACCUGUUUGCCACGCCCCCUGACAGUCCUAUUGCACCAAUCCCGAAACGGGUCUCACUGAAGAAGGAGGUGUCCAGUGAUAGACCAACCCAGUCUCCACCUACCUCCCCAUCACUCAAACAUAAACAGACAGAUGUCAGCAAGAUAGCUCCGCCCUCAGGACAGGGUAUUCUAAGUCCUGUAAGGAGAGAUAGUUUUGGCGGACAUGUUUCACCAGUCAGAAGUACUAGUCCACAGAGAAGAGCCUCCAGUCCAUUACUAACUAGUCAGUCCAGGGCCUCACCAGUCAAUGCUGGUUCUAGGGCCUCCCCACUCAGUGCUAAUGCUAGGUCAUCACCUGUCAAUCCUGGGGCCAGAGCCUCGCCAGGAACAGGAGGAUCUCCAAUCCCAACCUUCAGCAUCGGCUCAUCCUCGCCCAAAGAGGAGUCAAGGAUGUCUCCAAAGUCCAUGAGAAAAGACAGAGGGAGGUCUUUGAGGUCCAAACGCUCUGAUUCCCCCUCCUCCAGAGACAGUAUCCCAAUAAUCCGAGCUCGCUCCUCCUCCACAUCUGUCAUCUACGACAAGAAGGAGCCAGUGAAGGAGGCUUUGUCCCCCUCAGUAGCCGAGUGUCUCAGAGCUGUGUUCGCAGCCUUCCUGUGGCAUGAGGGGAUUGUGCAUGAUGCCAUGGCAUGUGCAUCCUUUUUGAAAUUUCACCCAGACCUUCAGAAAGAAAUGUCAAAAUUUGCCAACAGAGCUAAACCAGAGAAGAUGAGAGUUAGACAUGCAACAGAUUCUAGUAAGGAUAUAAACAAGAAGAAGGAGAACAUUAACAUUAAUGAGUCCAGGGUGAGAUUUAAACUAGAUCCAAGGUUUGUUAGAAGUGACUCUGAAAAGUCUGACAAAUCUGACAAGUCAGAUAAAGAGGAGACAAGCAAAGGUGUGGAGAAGGCAGAGAUUCAGCGAACCAUGUCAGAUGGCAGAAAAAUAAUUGAGGCACGUCAGAAGAAGGCAAUGAGGCACAAGUCUGAGGGUAAUGUUGGGUUCUUUAAGGAGGGGAUUGAACCAGACAAAGACUCACCCCUCCCACCCACACUCCAUCAUUUGGUGUAUUUCUGGGAAGAGAUGUCGUCUGGCGUACUGAAAGUCAUUGACCAAAAACAAGUCAAUCCUAGUCCUGCUGUAAUGCUCAAAGCUAAGAAGAGUGAGAAGAGGGAAAAAGAGAAAGAGAAGGACAAAAAAGCUAGUCGUAAAAAGAAGGAUGAGAUCAAACAUAUAUGGAGAGGAAAUGCCAUGGGGGACAUGAUGAUGGGUCCUCUGGGAGGCAGGGAUGGUGGUGAUCGGGGGGAGACACAGUGUGAGUUGUGUGGAGGGAUGUUCCCCCACCCCGUGACUUACCACAUGAGGCAGGCCCACCCUGGCUGUGGACGACAUGCUGGGGGGAAGGGCUACAACAGCAGUGGCAUCUUCUGUGGGGGCUGGGCAGGGAACUGUGGAGAAGGGGGGCUGGGGGGAAGCAGCUGGUACUUGAUUUGUGAGAAGUGUAGGGAAAAGUGCUUGAAGGAGAAAAGACACUCACAAAGAGAAAAAGACAAAGCUAAAAAGCAGAAGAAGAAAUCAUCACAGAAUCGCCAGCAGACAGUUUUGUAUACUCAAGAGUCUCAUGCAGUUCUGAAGAGUAAUGCGAUGUUCCUGUUAGAUUUGGCUAGUGCUUCAGGAUUAACACUCCCUACCCAGUCAAAAAAGCUUCCUCAAAGUAGAUCAGACUUGUUACUACCCAGUGUCAGUGAGGAAUAUGGGAUGGAGUUGAACCCUUUUCCACCAGUUCCCUUCCAGUUUCUGGCAUUACAAGGAGGCCAGAACGCAGAUUCUGCGUUUGCAGAAGAAGUUUACAUAGAUGGGGACGAGAGGGUCUUUGUUAGAUCAGGGUCAAUGAGCAUUAGGGAUAGACAACCUGCUUACAGGCCAAGGUUACCAACUGAACCCCGACACAGUCCUCUGGCAAGGUCAGGGUCACUGGGUCAGGAUUCAAGGUCACACAUAUCCUCCCACAUCUCACCACCCAGUCCUAGAGAUUUUAAUUCAGAGAAUGCCAACCAUGAAACAAAACAGAUUCCAAAGAGUGCUGGCACCAGCCCAGACUCUAGUGAUGAACUCUUUGGUAAGAGUCGGGCCUUCCAGAGAAGUCUUUCAGAAAUUGUGCCAGAUGAUGGCAAGGAGCAGGAAAAUGACAAGAAAAUGCUGUCUGGUCGCCGCAGGAAUAAUAGUGGAGGUGUAGGAGAUGGUGGAAUGUCCUUGUUGAAGCAUCCCUCUGCUGCUAUGGAAAAGUUGCUGCACACGGUGGACAGGAAGUGUCCGGAGGAUGACGAGCGAGCUCUACAGAGACCGGUGAUGUCAUUCAUCACACAAAGACAUGAUCUGGAGGGGCUACAGCUCGCGAUGAAGCAGGCACUGAGGAAGGCUGCAUGUAGGGUGUUUGCCAUGCAGGCCCUGAACUGGCUGGUGAGGAGUAUCACCCAGACAGUGUGUUUACAUGACCUCCUCUGGUUCUUUGUGUCCUCACUGAUGCCCUCCGGAGGAGAGGAGGAGGAACAAGAAGAGGAGGAGGAGGACAAAGACAAGGAGAAGAAGAAGAAGGAUCCUCCUAAAAAAGACCAUGAGGAUGUUCCUCUGUGUGACCACCCCCUGUCAGACAUCACCAUCGCCGGGUCAGCUGUAGAGCCCCUCCCUGAGGUGUUCCACAUGCUACUGCAGACCAUAGCAGACGCCAUGAUGUUCCUGCCCUGGGGUUCAGCUUUACAACAAGUUGCAGUUCGUUGCUGGUGCCUGAAGUUUCAGCCUUCUGAUCACCAAUUCCUACACGAGUGUCAUGUGUUCAGUAACAUCAGCCGUAUCCUGAGUAAGUCAGAGGAGGAGAGAGAAGAGAAUACAACAGAGGCUCCUCAGUCAUCUGUCAAGAUAUAUCAGCUGAAGGAUUUGACCCCCUCCUCUGACAUUUCUGUGUCGAGUCGGCAGGCCAUGAUAGCUAGCCUGACAGACAAUUCUACAGAGACGUUCUGGGAGAGCGGGGACGAGGACAGAAACAGAUCUAAGUUUAUCACCAUUAAAUGCCAUGUUAAGGCCUCAGCCAGGAUCAUCUAUGUACACAUUGAUAAUGCCAGGGAUCUGGGGAGCAAAGUUGGGAGUUUGAGUUUCUCUGUCGGGCCUUCACCAGAUGAUUUGAAAAAAUUUCACCAGGUUGAUGUAGAGUCUCGUUAUGUUGGUUGGUUGUCCUGUCAGUUUUCUGUCCCUCACAUUCGAGUGAUACAGCUGGAAAUGAAGGGACCGGACCACAGCUUGAGGGUGAGACAGAUCAAGAUCCUCGGCGAGAUGGAGGGGCAGGAGACAUGUCUCCCCAUCAAAAAGUCAGCUGUGGACAUGCAGAAGGAGAACUGUGAAUCAGAGACACUCAGGGUCUUCAGAAUGCUUACAUCACAGGUGUUUGGUAAGCUGAUAACACUAGAUGGAGCAGGUAAAGUUAAGCUUGUAGAUGGAGCUGGAGGGGAUAGCUUGGACGGAGAUCACGACCUCAAGGAGCACAUGGUGGGAAUCUUGUUCAGCCGCAGCAAGCUGUCCCACCUCCAGAGACAGGUGUGUUCACAUAUUGUACAAGGCAUCAGGAAAGAAUCCACAAAGAUACGAGAAGAAUGGGAGGCUAGUUUGAUAAAUCCUAAUCAUACUAGUAUUCAACAGACUGGUGAUCAGGAUGUAUACUGCUUUGAACUGCUGUCUAUGGUGUUGGCUCUCAGUGGCUCCAGUGUAGGGAGGGCCUACUUAGCUCAGCAAUACCCCCUGCUACAGGAUCUAUUUAGCCUGCUUCAUACAGGCACACCAAGGGUUCAGAGACAGGUGAUCUCAGUUCUCCGUAGAGUUCUACAGGAUGUAAAACCACAGACCCUGUCCAGUAUACUGUCUGUACCAGCCUUACCUCCCGUGGAAUACAGUAUUGUCAGCCUGGCCAGUCGAGACGAGAGUGUUGUCUUUGACCCAGAACAACCAGGUCUUCUAGAUGUUUUACUAGCAUGUAUCAGCAAGGCUUUGACACUGCAAACAAAGAUUAAGAUCAGUGGACCACAGAAAACCAUUACUGCAGUCAAAGUAGAAGACUGUCUCGGAUCAACUGCCACAAAAUCUCGCUGGUGGUUUAGAGGUAGAAUCAGUGAAAGUCUGGCAAACAAUGUCAUCACACUUAUUCAAGACAUGGCUUCAGGACAGCUGUCUGAGACCUGGGCACCAGUCACCAAGGCGGCCAUUGCUGAGUCCAUUCUAAAUCUUACCAAGCUGGGAGAGAAGUACAGGGAUCCUCAAGUCUGCCUAAAAACUCCUACUCUGUGGCUGUGCUUAGCUUCCCUUUGUGUAUUGGACAAGGAUCAUGUGGAGAGACUCACCUCUGGUCAGUGGAUUAGCAGUCCUAACGGGCAGCAUGGACAACCAAGGCCUACCUGUGAUAACCAUGAUGAUGGAGAGACUCAGGCUAUUAUUCUGUGUAGUGAGUGUGGGAACCUGUGUGCUGACUGUGACCGAUUCCUUCAUCUGCCCAGGAACAAACGUUCUCACCAGAGACAGGUGUUUAAGGAGGAAGAGGAGGCCAUUAAGGUGGAUCUACAUGAAGGCUGUGGAAGAACCAAGCUCUUCUGGGUGAUGGCUCUGGCUGAUUCUAAAGCUCUCAAAGCCAUGGUGGAAUUCAGGGAAGGGAAGUCGACAGCUGCCACCUCUGGUCCUGGUAGAUGUCGAUUCUGUGGAACCACCAGUAAAACCGGAGUGUUGGCUGUGGGUAAUGUCUGCUCCGAUCCAGAAUGUCAGGAACAUGCCAAGAAUGCCUGUCAGAAGGUGUUGGCCUGUGGGCAUCAGUGUGGAGGAAUUGCUAACGAAGAAGAAUGUCUGCCCUGUCUACACAACUGUCCUCCCUACCAAGACAAACUCAAACAGGAUGCAGAUGACAUGUGCAUGAUUUGCUUCACCGAGGCUCUUUCUGCAGCCCCAGCUAUUCAGUUGAAAUGUAAGCAUGUCUUCCAUCUUCACUGCUCCAGAAACAUACUGGAGAAGAGAUGGGUAGGCCCUAGGAUUACAUUUGGAUUUUCUCUUUGUCCAAUAUGUAAGAACCCAAUAGAUCAUCCUGUAUUGAAAGAGUUAUUGAAACCAAUCCGAGACUUGUUCAGUGACGUUAAGAGGAAAGCCUUGAUGAGACUGGAAUACGAGGGACUUCACAAGGCAGAGGCCAUCACUACACCAGGGGCUCGCUUCUACAAGGACCCUGCAGGAUUCGCCAUGGACAGAUAUGCCUAUUAUGUCUGCUUCAAGUGCAAGAAG